CAGCAGCAUUUCGGUAUGAAGAGACUUGUGCGGCGCAUGUCCCAUCUGCGCAUGCGCAACCCGCCUCCUGCAUCCAUCAUGGCGCAGCAAGAGCCGAAUGGAGAUUUUCCAUAUUUACCUUCAGGGGCGGCCGAGGUGAACCGAAUGAUAAAGGAGAACAGUGACUUGUUCUCUGAUUCUCAGUGUAAAGUGUGUAGCGCUGUCUUAAUCUCAGAAUCCCAGAAACUUGCACAUUAUCAGAGCAAAAAACAUGCGAGCAAAGUACGCCGGUACAUGAGCAUUCACGGUGAUGCGGAGCCCAAUGCGAAACGGUUGAAGACUUCAGAUGUCGCUGCCAGUGAUGUCGAUGAAGGGGAGAAAUACAAAGCCUGCAAUGUGUGCAACAUGUCGUUCUCUUCCCCGGUGGUGGCGCAGUCACAUUACCAGGGCAAAGUUCACUCCAAGAACCUUCACUUGAAGACCUACGGUCAGCAGACUCCUGCAUUACCUCAGGCCAAAGCACAGGUGAAGAAGGAUGAAGGGCUGCCUAAAGGUGUGCAGGGGCCGGCCGAGCGUGACCCCAACCGCUUCUGCUCCAUCUGCCAGGCCUCUUUCAACAACCCCCUGAUGGCCCAGCAGCACUACAACGGCAAGAAACAUAAAAAACACCUGACUAAACAGAAGCUGAUGGAGACCUAUGGGCCGUCCAUUGUACCAGGUCAGAACAUAGAAGGGGGGUCUCACAGCCUUCAUGACAUCAGACAGGAAUCAUCAUCCUCCUCACAGAAGGGCUACCCGUGUACUGUGUGUAAUAUUGAGCUGAACUCCGUGGAGCAGUACCAGGCCCACAUCAGCGGCUCCAAACACAAGAACCACAAUAAACCCAAGAAAGGGCCAAACGCAUUCGCCGGCCCACCCGACAACUACCAGCCCGAUUUCCAGUAUCCGCCCGGCCAGGAGGGUGCGGAGGCCGGGGAGGACUGGAACCGCUUCACUGAAGGCUACGAGUGAGAAGAUGCCCUCCUCGUCUCAUUUGUGACAAGCUUCCUCUGUUUAGGCACAGGUCGAUGUGUGUCUGCACUGUGCAUCUCCUAAUGCCAGCUAUUCACCACAAUGCAUCUCUUCCUGACCAUCCUCACACACAGUUGAAGGGACCACAAUAAACCCCCAUCCAUAACCGAAAGCAACGGAGGCGAAACUUAAGAGUGCUGCUUCCCCCCCCCCCCCCCGAGUAUGUUUAUUAGUGUUUUUGGUUUACAGAAAUUAAUUUCCAUGUUCUCCACAUACAUAUGCAGAUGUUUGUUCUAAAUGAUCGAUACUCUUAUUUGUUGCUUUUUAUCUUAAACCGCUCAAGCUCCACGUUUUCUGUUAAAUGAAUGUCGGAUUUGAUAGUUUGCAACAUUUUGAAGAGUGCUUUCUUUCUUAAGUUCUGAUUUUCUACGUCAAUUUUGGAGAAAUCUAUGUAUUUUUAAGCAAUUUUUAGGGUGGGCAGUAUAGUAGUUGUCUUUCAUUUCUCAUGGGUCCUUUACAUUUCCAUGUAAACGUGACUCUUUAAGUAGGAAGUAUGUUGUAACUUCAUAUGCUUAGAGAUUUAAGCUCACAUCCAAACUAUACUCGUCCUAGUUAUUAAAAUUAUCCAAUCAGAAAAAAUUAGGGUGAUUUAUUUUAGUUUCCAUUUAGGCACAAACACAUAAGUUCAUCUUGACGUGGUCAUCUUUGCCGUGUAUUCUGGUGUGUUACUCUUUUUCAAAGUCAAACUAGUAAGAAAUGGAUUAGUUUCAGACGUGCUUGUAAGAUGAAAACGCUAGGGAAGCAGAAAUGUAAGGAGUUUCCGAUAUGUGUUUAUUUUUGCAAUGCACAUUACAUUGCAGAUUGUCCUUGGCAUAAGAGACUGACAAGCAGCAAUAGUUCAAUUAGCGUUUAGCACCUGCGUAUUAAACAAUGCCUCAGUUUAAGAGUCCGUUUAUUCGGGAUUGUAUAUGAUGUUAUUGUGAAAGGUUGAAACGCUACUUUGUCACUAAAGCACCGAAUGUGUUUUCUGGAUAGUUUUUACUCUAAGCGUGGUGUGUUAGAUUCAUACAGACCCUACUGUAUCCGUAGAUCUGUAAUCAUAAUCCGUUCUGCUAUGAGUGAGUUUAGACGGUGCUGUUACACUGAUGAAUGUUUUUGCAAUCUUGAAGGCUUCUGCGCAACACAACGGCAAUUCUGUGAACGAAUAGGGCCUUCAGACUUGGUAGCAUAUAUGUAUUUGAUGUCAUUUUGCUUUUAUUGGUCAAUUUUCUUUUCAACAGACAUUGUGAGCCUAAAAAAAAAUGUAUGUCACUUUUCAUCCAGUAAAAUGUUUUGAGAACUCCUG